AUGAAGACCAUCUCUUUUCAACAGGUAGGCAGUCGCGGGAUUGAGGCAUCGUGGGCCGGCGGGAUCCGUGGCAGAGAGGUGAUGGACCGAUUCUUUCCCAUGAUUCCACAGCUGCUGUCCGAUCAUGGCCUUUUUUAUCUGGUGACCGUGUCAGAGAAUGAUCCAGAAGAGAUUGUGGAUUUGUUGGGGAAAUCAGGACUGAAUGGUCACAAGUGUUUGUCACGUCAGGCUGGACGAGAGAGACUUUCUAUACUGCGAUUCAGUAAGUCCUGAAUAGCAGAUGACCAUCAGCACAUGAAGACUGUGAAACACACGUGAUGUCCAGCUGUUUCUCACCCCAAGGGUUUCUGGGUUUACAAGUGUUAUUAUAAAAAUCAAGCUGAUGUUUUGAGGUUCGUCCCGCUGCUGAACCAUCAGUAAUUCAGGCUGCGUUUGUUUGCAUAAAGUCUGCUGCAGCUCAACAACUGGGUCACAAGGACCUAGUUAGUGAUUCCUAACGGAUUGACGGGCAUAUUUACAGCACGAGUCCAUCAGCUGAGCCGUUUAUCAUGUUGAUCGUGUCGGAUUCCCGCUGCUUCAGUUUCAUUCCAUCAGUUACACUCUGACUGGCUGUUUUUGAGCAGCGCAUGUUCACUAUGGAGUGUUAAAUGCUGUUACUGACCCGCACUGAAAUCCAGAGUGUCAGAAUACCACUGCCAUC